UGUUUAUGCUCUUCCUUUCUUUAGAAAUCACAACUUUGAAAUUUUGGGCUCUUUUUCAUUUCCCACUUCCUCACCAAAUCCAACUCCUCCCUCUUUCUUCUUCCACACUGUCAUUCACCUCUCUCUCUCUCUCUCUCUUGCUGUUAUUCAAUUUAUUAUUAUUUUUCUUUCUGAUCGUGUCUUAUUCUGCCUUCUCUCCACUUUCGAUUUGAAGCUCCGUGUCAAUUGGAUACCUGCCACUGUCUUUUCCUUUUUGCAAAAAGCUUAUCUUAUCAGUUAUUCCAGGAGAUUGCUUCUAAAUAUCAGUUGCAAUGCGUGCACCGGCAUUACUUGCGCAGUGCUUACCUGGCCUAGUGCCUCAUGAUCGUGGAAGUCUUAGCAUGUCAUCCGUUCCUGAGAAGGAUUUUCAUCUCCCAUCACCAGCAGUAGAGAUUCUACCUUCCAAGGCAGUUCACACUGACAAGGAUAAUGGGGAGAAUAUAGAUCAUUUCAAGGGUUUAAUUAGUGUUGCUGAUAUUGUUGGAUUCAGUGGUUCAGAGACAAUAUCCUUAAAACCUGAUGGUUAUCUGAAAUACUGGACUAGUUCCAUUGAUCUUGUUAGUGUUCUUAAGCAUGAGAUUCGUGAUGGGCAACUGACCUUCAGAGGAAAAAGAGUACUUGAGCUGAGUUGCAACUAUGGACUUCCUGGAAUUUUCGCUUGCUUGAAGGGAGCUUCUGUGGUGCAUUUUCAAGAUCAGAGUGCAGAAACUGUAAGAUGCACAACUAUACCAAAUGUCCUUGCUAAUCUCAAGCAAGCUCGUGAUAGGCAGAGUCGACAGCCAGAGUCUCCUCUUACUCCUUCAAGACAGACUCUGGCACCAUCGGUUAACUUUUAUGCUGGGGACUGGGAAGAAUUACCUUCUGUGCUGUCUAUUGUGAAAAGUGAUGGAUAUGAAGUGAUGCCUGGAAUGAGUUUGAGCUUUUCUGAGGAAGAUUUUAUGGAUGGAUGUAGUAGUCAAGAUGGUAGCAUCAUUGGACACGAAUCUUACUCAAGACGGUCUAGGAAGCUCUCAAGAAGUCGAGCAUGGGAAAGAGGUAGUGAGGCCGAUCAAGGAGAGGGUGGCUAUGAUGUUAUUUUAAUGACAGAGAUUUCAUACUCUGUUACCUCAUUGAAGAAGCUGUAUGCACUUAUUAAGAAGUGCUUAAGGCCUCCAUAUGGGGUGGUAUAUCUAGCUCCUACUAAGAGGCCCUAUGUUGGCUUCAGUAAUGGAGUACGACAACUGAGAAGUUUGGUAGAUGAGGAGGGCAUUUUUGGAGCACAUUUAGUCAAGGAUUUGGCUGACAGGGACAUCUGGAAGUUCUUCCACAAGUAAAAAAGAAUUCGAAAAUCAGGAUGGACUACCAUAGCAAAAACAUAAUAUGAGUCACAGGCAUUCUUUUGUUUUUUAAAUCUAUAAUUUCUUCAUUUUUCUUAUAGCUUAGUAAUAAUGGAGGUUGCACACUUAUCUCGUUGGAAAAGAAAUUCAGAUAUUGGAAUUGUAAAUCAAACGUUAGUUAUAUUGAAAAAGUAGUAGUACUACUAUAUCACUACUACUAUUGUUUA